CCCCCGUUGUCCCCCGUCGUCUUCCCUUCCGCAAUCCACCGCCGAGCCUGCCCCACAAGCCCCAACUACCAAUUCCUCGCCCCCCAUGGCUGCGCCUGCGCCUCGGUCAUGGGCGCAGCUCCACGCCGACAUGCUGCGCGAGAUUUUGCGCCGCGUCCCCUGCGCAAUCGACCGUCUCCACAUGUCCGUCGCCUGCAUCUCUUGGCGCGUGGUGCUCGCGGCGGAAGCCAUGGACGCGCCACCGCGGAUCCCGUCGCUCUUCCUCCUGCCCGCCGACGCGACGGGCGUGUACUGCUACCUCAGCGGCUGCCGCGACCACCGCAAGUUCCCCGGCCCCCGCCACUUCGGCUCGUACGACGGCUCCUGGUUCUUCCUCGCCUACGGCCAGACCCGCGGGCACCGGCUGCUCAACAUCCGCACCGGGGAGUCCCGCGCCGUCCCCAACGUGCUCGGGGUCCGGGAUGGCGUCGCUGACCGAUUCCACAACAUGGUCAUCCUCGCCGCCACCCUCUCGCUCCCACCGGAUGACUUGGAUUGCAUCGCCGCUGGCAUCGUCGCCUACCAGCCGAACGCCGGCGCGCCGCGCCGGCGCCACUUCGCGUUCUGGCAGCUCGGCGAUCGGGCGGCCUUCUGCUAUGUUGAGCCUCACCCUAACGCGCCAGUUGGGCCGGGGAUGGAACCGGAGGACGUCGUGUACCACGGUGGCUCCUUCCAUUUCCUCACCCAAGGCGAACACAUCCUCGAGUGCGCGCCGGUCCUUGAUGAUAUUGGGUUUGUCCUGGAAGUAACAGUGGACUUAAUCCGCUUCCAGAACGCGGGGCACAGCUACGCCGAGUUCGUCCGCGCCCGCUACCUCGUGGCGUCCCGCGAGGAACUGCUGAUGGUCGUCAGGUUCGCUCCCAAUCCUCAGGCACCGACAUCGUCGUUCAAGGUGUUCCGGAAGCUCCAACAGCAGAUGCCAGGCGACGGCAAGAAGGAGGCUGAUGAGUACCAUUGGAACUGGAGCGAGCUGGACACGCUGGGUGGCCGGAUGCUGUUCGUGGGGCGAGGAUGCUCCAGAUCCUACGAGGUUGAUCAGUACGUGGGGUUCAAGGACGGCGUCUACUUCUUGGAUGAUGGGUGCUUCUACGACGACGAGAUCAUGUUCCGCGGUGUCAAUGAUAGGCGGUACUCUUGCAGCGACAUCGGCAAGUGGUCGGAAGGGCCGCCUCCCCAUGUCGAACGCUUCUUCCCGGAGCAGGGCCCUUCGUGCAACUCUCCUCCGGCUUGGCUUCUCCCUUGAGACGGCAAGUUUUUGGCCACGAACCUCCACCGACAUUUGAGUUUGUGACGUUUGAGUGCCAUAGAUAAUGUGAGGGUUCGUCUUGAGGUAAUUCUCAGUUGAUGUUUGAGUGCCUAGCGUUGCUACUAACCUGUACUUUGUUGCAAUCGGAUUUGAAUUUGUCUGUGAUCGUGCUCAGAUUUUUACGAUAUCACUCUAUCAUGGAAAUGGAUUGAUAUGCAUGUAAACUGAACUUGUUUGGAUCGGGAUCCUUAAAUUCAUUGAGCUUUUGAAGAAUUAA